AUGUCACCCACCCAUCCCUGUUUUGGUAUCACUGAACCCCUCCCAACCACCACCACACUGCUAUGCUCUUUCUCCUCCUCCCCCAUCUCCUCUCUCCCACCCAAUAUUUUAGUUGAUAUCACCUUUCUUUUCUUCUCUCUUUUCCCUUCUUGUCUCCUUUCUUCUCUUGUCUCCUUUCUUUUCUUCUCUCUUUUCCCUUCUUGUCUCCUUUCUUCUCUUGUCUCCUUUCUUUUCUUCUCUCUUUUCCCUUCUUGUCUCCUUUCUUCUCUUGUCUCCUUUCUUUUCUUCUCUUUUUUCCUUCUUGUCUCCUUUCUUCUCUUUGUCUCCUUUCUUUUCUUCUCUCUUUUCCCUUCUUGUCUCCUUUCUUUUCUUCUCUCCUUUCCUUCUUCUCUCUUUCCCUUCUUGUCUCCUUUCUUUUCUUCUCUCUUUUCCCUUCUUGUCUCCUUUCUUUUCUUGUCUCCUUUCUUUUCUUCUCUCUUUUCCCUUCUUGUCUCCUUUCUUCUCUUGUCUCCUUUCUUUUCUUCUCUCUUUUCCCUUCUUGUCUCCUUUUUUUCUUGUCUCCUUUCUUUUCUUCUCUCUUUUCCCUUCUUGUCUCCUUUCUUUUCUUCUCUCUUUUCCCUUCUUGUCUCCUUUCUUUUCUUGUCUCCUUUCUUUUCUUCUCUCUUUUCCCUUCUUGUCUCCUUUCUUUUCUUGUCUCCUUUCUUUUCUUCUCUCUUUUCCCUUCUUGUCUCCUUUCUUUUCUUCUCUCUUUUCCCUUCUUGUCUCCUUUCUUUUCUUCUCUCUUCUCCCUUCUUGUCUCCUUUCUUUUCUUGUUUCUUUUCUUUUCUCCUUUCUUCACCUUUCAUUUUCCGUUCUUAUCAGAUAUUUUAG